UUGAGCUCGGAUCACGCACCGGCCUUCCAUCACCCCAACUUCUCAAACCAAGCUGACAACACUCCCAGAGACCACCCAAACCGAUACAAAAGAGCGCCAAGACCACCACUGCCGCUACUACAUCCACAACCACCAAAACCACCGCCGCUGCUAAAAGCAAGGCAACGCAGCCUCGUAAUGCUCAAAAGCAGACCACCACCCUAGCUCCUCAAGAGCUUGCCCAGACACAGGCGCAGGCUCAAGUGCAGGCUCAGAGCCUGCGAGUGGAGCAGUCAAUUGGGCAGGAUCAGAGUGUCGUGACUCAGACCGAGAGCUUGGCCAUCAUGCGAGUUUCUCUGGAAGCUAGUCUCGGAGCAAUCUGCUACUUGAGACGCCUCCUUCAUGAUGACAACUUUGUCGACACCUACAUGGCCUCCUCCACCGCUGUCCCCGACAAGACUCCAGAGCAGCAGUACGGCUUGUCUCAGCCAGACCCCAACUCGCAGAUGGGCUCUCAACCUCAUGGCUCUCAGCAGAGUCAAAGCAAAGGAUUCAAGUACCCGAAGAUCAGUGAUAGUUCACCGGAAGGGAGGAGACUGUUGAAUUUGAUCGAUGACGGCGUCAUGGACGCCGUCUCGAAAGGCUACCUGCGCUCUUUCAUGUUCAUCCUCUUCCUUGACAAAGACGAUCCUUCCAACAUCAUCGAGUCCUACACUUUCAACUUUUUCUACACUGGAGCUUCCAACGCCCCCUCUCUCAGCAUGACUCACGCCACCGGCAGCCCAUCCGGUUAUGUCAACGGAGAUGUAGAGGUCGAAACCGUUGGGGCCGUCAAGACGAGUGCGGAGCUUGAGGCGCCAAAGACUCACCAGGAUUGUAGGAAAGCAGUCAAGGCUAUGAUGAAGACGCUCAUUCUCAAGUGCCAAAAGCUCCCGGACUUGCCUCGUCAGCGAUAUGUCGACUUCAAGUUGUCGUAUAACGAGAGCGCACCCCCAGACUAUGAGGCUCCAGGUUUCAAGGAUUGCUCCGGCACCUCUCUCCUCAUGGCCACUUGCGACGUCGAUGCAGCUCCGUCCAACAUCCAAAUGGGCAAUACUGCAACCGGGACUCACGGCAUAUCGGUCACCGCUCAAUCCAUCGUAGAGUACCUGCCCUCUAGACUUGACUCUGAUGAACGCCAAGGAGUCUCCGACCCUGGAGAUGUAGAGAAAGAAUACGAGGAGCAGAUGACUAACGUCAAGAAGAGGAAGGUAGCAUGGUGCGCCGAUCUUCCUGUAUAUGAUCGUCAAAUUUACGAGCCGGACUCUAUGGACCCUUACUCUGUCGUCAUUCCCGAGCUUCAAGAGUCCGACAUUUCUGCCGGAAAGCUCAAACAGCCUUUGGGCAAGCUCAGAGAGGAUGGGACCGUUGAGCCAAUGUUCAAACCUGGUAUGCGACCCGACAGCCCAAGCGCAGCGGGGAAGAAGCGUGCUCGUGAUAUGUUUGACGAGGAUCUGUUGGAACUUUCGGGCGCUCAGCGAGAACCGACAGUCGUUCCCAGAAGCGCGAGUGUGGUUCAAACCGUCUACGACCACGAUGCCGACGGUGAGACAGAGUUCGAAGGCAGCCAGCUCGCCGACGUGGCCAACGGCGCUCAAGCCUCUCGCGCCUCAAUACGAAAAGCGACACGAACACCAACGGAACAGCCCCGCAACGUCUCCGUCUUCCGAGAUACUGACACUCCUCCCGACUCGGGUGCCCCCGUCCCCGACCCUGCGCCUGACCGCCAGCCUCUCCAAGACAAAGAUCCCAACGAGCGCCCCCGCAAAUCUCCUAAGACGACUGGCAAAUCAACCGCUACCGGCACCGAUGACUCCAGCAUCACAAGACAGUCUUCAUCCAAGUCGAAGAAGAAGCAGAGCUCCAAAAAGUCCCACAAAAAAGCCCCUGUCUUCGAGGAAUCCCCGACUGAUACUGGAAAUCCCGUUGCGACUACUCCUGCAUCAAGACCAACAUCCCCUCGCAAAACUGCGGCUCAAAAAAUGGCUUUGGCAGCUGCUUCUCCGGACAAGCAAAGACCCACGACCAAGAAAUCUGCGGCACCUCGGGUGGAUACACAUGUGGUGGAAGUCGAAGGAAGAGACCCCGUCACUUGCUUUUGUGGAUCCGUCGACGAGGACGAUGCAAGUAUUCAGUGCGAUGGGUGUGGACAUUGGGUUCAUUUACCUUGUGUUGGUUUCUCCGUGCUCAAAGCUGCCGCCCAAACUCAAGACUGGUUUUGCAUUCUGUGUCAGAUGGACAAAGACGACAAACACACAUGGACUAAAAAUGAUUACAAGCAAGUGCGGGAGGGAAUGGCAAGGCUGGCGAUCGUCAGACGUUUGCUUUCUCGUAUCCGAGGAGAAAGCGGUAUUGGCAACGAGGUUUCACAGUACACAGAGUCGCUGAACUGUACCAAGAAAACCCUCAAGCGCGCCCUUGCUACAAUCCAUAAGGACGGAUUCAUCGACGGUGUUCAUGGCUCGAGACGAGGAAAGAAAGCCUACUACAGAUAUCUACAAAACACGGACACGUCGAAGCGACUCGUCGAAUACUUUGAUCCUGGAGCCGGUGUGGAGAUUGACCUUUUCCCGUUUCGCAAAGCUCAACACUCUGACGACCAGACGGACGAGCCCCCCGAGCCUCUCCCCAACUCUCAAGGCGUUCCCAUGCCCGACCUGCCAUCUACCUCUUCAUCCAACAACCCAUCCGGAAUGCUCGAUCUUAACUCCUCCAGGACCUCAUCCAGUACCGUUAGGACUACAUUUGGAAACAGUAUCCCAUGCUUGGACAAGUAUCCCGUGAAUCAGUGGAUGUUGCCGGCGAUCAGGAGUAGUAGGGCAGAGGAGCCUAUCGAACUGUUGGAGAACUGGUGAAAGUGGAUGUGGAGAUGAUCUGGGCUGUGCUAAAAAAUGUUGCUGUGAUAUACCGUACAUAUAGCCAGUGCCCGGCUGCUGAUAUCAAUCAUGUCAUGUACUCCGUGUAAGCAUACCAUUACUUGCCAAGUGCACUGCGCGCUGCGAUAUCUGACAAUCUCCCCGAGAGCUUCUGGAAAGGUGAACGCCCCCUCCUAAAGGUGUAUCAGGUCACAAACUGUUUGCGAUGAAAGAAUGGCAGAAAUGCCCAAGAGUAAAAAAUAAAAAAAAAAAAGGUGGAGAGAAGGAAGGGGCAACCGGC